UUGCGCGCUCAUCUCGCAUUAUUGGCCGAGGGAGCCGGCGUACAGCUUCCAGGUCAUGUGGCCAGCAUGACAAAGCCGCUUCUGGCAAACCAGAGCAGCACAUGGAAACGCUGUUUACCUUCCCGCUGUAGCGGUUCCUAUUUAUCUACUUGCAUUUUGACGUGCUUUCGAACUGCUAGGUUGGCAGGAGCUGGGACCAAGCAACGGGAGCUCACCCCGUCACAGGGAUUCGAACCGCCGACCUUCUGAUCAGCAAGCCCUAGGCUCAGUGGUUUAACCACAGCGCCACAGGGAUCUAAUCAACAGAGCUGCUUUAGAAGCAUUUGUGGCUAUAUAUUCUCUGUGUGCCAAGAAGGACCUGUUUGAUCGAACUAUCUGACCCAGGUAUUUGAAGCAACUAACCUGCUCUAUGGGAAUACCAUUAAUUGACCACAAAUUAGGUUUUGGUCGAGCAGCAAAGACCAUUAUUUUGGUCUUUGCAUAAUUAAGAUGGAGCUCGUGUUGGGUCACGUAUUCAUGAAGAGCUUGAAGCAUCCUCCUUAACCCAAUGGGGGAGGUAGCUAAGAGGGCGGCGUCAUCCGCAUACAGGAGGACAUUCAAGGCUCUACCUGCUAAUUUUGGCGGGUGGAAAGCAGCAUUGGUCAUAUGGGCCACUAGUGAGUUAAUAUAGAAAUUAAAUAGGGCAGGGGCAAGCAAGCAGCCCUGUCUUACCCCUCUAGUGGUGGCAACCGGAUUAGAGACUAGCCCCUUGCCAUCUAGCCUAAUUCUCAGGAAGGUAUUUGUAUGCAGAUUCAUAAUCAGCAAAAGGAGGCGACGGUCAAUAGACGUCGCUGCCAGUUUUGUCCAUAGCUGGUUCCUGGGGAUUAGAUCAAAGGCCUGCUUAAAGUCGAUAAAGGCGACAUGGAGGGCUUUUAGGCCUUUGCCAGCAUAUUUGUCGGCCAGAUGGUUCAGGAUUAGAAUUUGGUCUGUUGUCGAUCUUCCAGGGCGGAAACCCGCCUGUUCCUCUGCGAUAAUAUUAUUGCUCUCCAUCCAGAUCGUUAAUUUAUUGAGCAGAAAUCUUUAGUAAAUCUUCCCGAUAACAUUCAGCAAGCUGAUUGGCCUAAAAUUGGCCGGGUCAGUACGCGGCCCUUUCUUAUGUAUUAAUACAAUCAGUGCUGAGUUCCAGCUUGGGGGGAACUUCGCUGUUUUAUUUAUAUGAGUAUAAAGUGCUGCUAGGAGUGGGCACCACCAAUCCUUAUUAGCUUUGAUAACAUCAAUGGAUAUAAGGUCAUCUCCGGGUGCCUUGCCCGCCUUAAAUUGGUCUAUAAGUGUUUCCACUUCAGAGUAGGUAAUUGGGUCCCACUCAGGCAUGGGGGCCAAAUCUGGUCUUUCUCCGCCAGCAGCAUGGGCUGCAUAUAAAUCAGCGAAAAAGCUCUCCCAGGUGUCAGCUGAAAUUUGGGGUUCUAUCCUUAUCGACGGUCUGCCCAGAUAUUGGGAAAUUUGAUACCAAAAGGAGGAGGGAUUUCAACCAAUUGUGUUUGUAAACCGAGGUACCACUGUACUUGGAGGGUACAGGUCAUACAGAGAGCAAGCACAGUGAGACUUAAGUUUAGGCAUGUAUGGGACAGUAACACCCGUCCCUUGCAAGAGAAAAGCAAUCUAUUUAACUCUGAAAGAGCUUUGUACAACAAUGAAAGGGUUUUCUCUUCCUCAGCACAUCAAAAGGAGCAAGUGGAAAGGGAACACUUCAGUUAGUGACACUGCUCUCGGCUCUUCUACCCAGCCAGAGGAGAGUUCAGUUGCAAACCACGUGACUGGAAAUCUCAACUUGGUCGCAAGGGGGGCACUCGACUGGUUAAUUUUGAGCGCUGGGCGGGACGCAGAUAAAUGGCAUGAUAAUGGCUUCCCCCAAGGCCUUUAGUCUAACACUGCAAUCCUGAACACAUUUACCAGGGACAGGAAUAAACGCUAUUGAACAGAAUGUGGUUUAUUUCUGACAGAAGCAUGCAUAGUAUUGUGCUGUACAAUGAAGACCGCUGUAAGUGGUGAGGGUUUUUUUUUUAGCCUUGAUGUGUACAGUAAUGUGUAUUUUCUUCUUACCUCUUUUAGGUAAUGGAUGGAGCCUUUUCUUCAUGUUGAGUGUCUACUUUUCGGACUGAUUGCUAAACUACUAUGGCCUGUCGAAGAGGAGGAAAUCAUAUGCAGUUCCUCUCCCCCAUGUCUUCUUCCACGGUGAACUGUCAUAAAUCCCCAUCAUGUUCAAGUAAAAUUCAUAGUAUUUGCAUGGUGUCUGACUUUUUUUAUCCAAACAUGGGAGGAGUGGAAAGCCACAUCUACCAAUUGUCACAGUGCCUAAUUGAAAGAGGACACAAAGUUAUCAUUGUCACUCAUGCAUAUGAAGACCGUCAAGGCAUUCGUUACCUCACCAACGGACUGAAAGUCUAUUAUUUGCCAUUAAGAGUCAUGUACAACCAGUCGACUGCAACAACUCUCUUCCACAGUCUGCCUCUGCUCAGGUAUAUAUUUGUACGUGAAAGGGUCACCAUUGUCCAUUCCCAUAGUUCAUUUUCUGCUAUGGCACAUGACGCCCUCUUCCAUGCCAAGACAAUGCAACUACGGACAGUUUUUACAGACCAUUCCCUUUUUGGAUUUGCUGAUGUUAGUUCGGUGCUUACAAACAAACUCUUGACGGUAUCGCUGUGUGAUACAAACCACAUAAUAUGUGUUUCUUACACUAGCAAGGAAAAUACUGUGUUGAGAGCAGCACUGAAUCCUGAAAUAGUUUCUGUCAUUCCUAAUGCCGUUGAUCCUACGGACUUCACUCCAGAUGUAUCUAGAAGGGAUAAAAGCACAAUAACUGUUGUUGUUGUCAGCAGGCUCGUAUAUAGAAAAGGUAUAGAUUUGCUUAGUGGUAUAAUUCCUGAACUUUGUCAGAAGUAUCCAGAUUUACAUUUCUUAGUUGGAGGAGAAGGACCAAAAAGAAUUGUAUUAGAAGAGGUACGAGAAAGAUACCAGCUGCAUGACAGAGUCCGUCUCCUGGGAGCUUUAGAACAUCAGGAUGUUAGAAAUGUCUUGGUUCAGGGACACAUUUUUCUCAACACUUCUCUCACCGAAGCAUUUUGCAUGGCAAUUGUGGAAGCUGCCAGUUGUGGUUUACAGGUGGUGAGUACAAGGGUUGGUGGGAUUCCUGAGGUGCUGCCAGAUAAUUUUAUAAUCUUAUGUGAACCUUCUGUGAAAUCUCUCUGUAAUGGUUUGGAAAAGGCGAUUCAUCAACUGAAGUCGGGAUCGCUUCUAUCUUCAGAAAUAAUACACAACAACGUUAAAACUUUCUAUACUUGGAAGGAUGUCGCAAAGAGAACUGAAAAAGUGUACGACAGAGUGGCAGGUGAAACUGUAUUACCAAUGGGCAAACGACUUGACAGACUAAUCUCUCACUGUGGCCCAGUGACCGGCUGCAUUUUUGCUCUCUUUGCUGUGCUCAGCUUUCUUUUCCUGAUCCUCUUGAGGUGGCUGACACCAGAUUACCUUAUUGAUGUUGCAAUAAAUGCUACAGGAGAAAACGGGGCAUGGACUCGACAGUCUUUCCCCAAUAAAAAUAAAAAAGAGAAGACUUUGUUCUGUUAAAGGUGCUAACAAACAGGACUGCAUUCUCCUAUGGUCUAGCAUUGGUUGUUAGAUUUACAUUUGCCAUGCAACGUUUUUAUAAAUUAUUUGACAUUUUUUCUUGAUCUUUGGAAAGAAGAUCUUCUACCUCAGAUUAGGAUAGUCUAAAAUGGCUUAGGAUAGAUAUGCUUGCCAAGACCUGCCACAAUAGCUGAUCACAUUUCUUUCAACCUGAAUGAUUUUGUCUAAAUAUGGAGAAUCUCAUUGUGGCGAUUACUGAAAGAAAGACUUGGGUGAAUAGGUGGAUUUUUACUGCUUUCCCCAUUUUGAAUAUCCUUACCUUCCCCCAAGCCUUAAAGAUGAACCUUCUGUUCCAGUGUAAACCAAGAGGAGACCAAAAUUGUAACUCUAGAUGUCAGGGGUGCUUUUUAAGGGUCAGACACCAAUGUGAGACACAGGUCCCAUAGAGGGGAUUGGACUAAAUCUUUCUUUAGGUUUCUUGGGCCACUAAUGAACAGUAUGAAAAUAAGCAUAUUUGAUAUUUUUGCAUGCUUUCCUGAAUAUACAUUUUGAAAUGUGUUCUUUGGAAGAAGCUGCUUCUUGCUGGUUUUACAAUUUACUUUUUAUGGUUUUGUUCAGACACAUGUGGAAACUGCUUUCAUGCUCCAUGGAUAAGCCCAAGAGAGCCUCCCUGUCUCCAGGGUGCAACAAGGAGAAGGUUGGAAGCUUCUGCUUUUAUGUAAAAAAAACAAACCCAAAAUCUAUGGUUCCCCUUUAUAGAUAAACCUGGGGAACUGUUAUUCUGAGUUAUUCAAACCAUAGUUUGUUGAAAUAAACCAGGAUCAACCAUGGUUUCAGAUCCUGGUUUGUUAACUAAUGGAAUUCUAUCCAAUUCUGAGAAGUAAAUCCAAAUGGUUUACUCCCAGAUCCGUUUGCAUAGGAUUAUAAAAUAUGGCAGAAAUAAACCAUUGUUCCCUAAAUUCAUUAAUUACAGGGAACUGUGGUUUGCUUUAAAGUAGAAUUAGAACCUUCCAAUUUCUUCAUCAUGCACCUGGCUUCCCAGUUUAUCUGAACUGUCCCUAUGUUUUGGCCAUUUUGUUAUUUUUGACAUCCCAUUACAAUAUUGAUAUGGCAAUCGACACUGUUCUCUGUGCUUUGGGGUCUUGGUGUUUAAUUUGUCUCACUGUGGCUCUAGCUGCCUCUUACUUUAAGGGUAGUAGGCACACCAUUGGAAGAAGUCCCCACAGGGAUUGAAUAUGAGUAAAAUGCAAAUCAGGUUUAUUACCGAGGGUUAGAUCCUAGUUGCUUAGGAUUUUUAAGGGUGGCUCUUUUUCUUGGCUGCAAAAGUAUGAAUGCAAAAUUAAGAGAUCAUGUAUGAAUAAUGAUUACUGCAUGUGCUGGAUAUGUGCUUCUGGAGGGGGGGACUGUGUGGAUGAUAUAAGCUACAAGUGCUGAGGCUUUUAAUUAAUUCAUUCAUUAAUUUUAAGAUCCUCUUUAUUGUCUAUGCGUCUUUUCUGCCACCAUCUUCAGCUUAAAGCUACAUUCCUGUGCUUCCUUAUUGGGGAAUAAAAGGUAAAGGACCCCAGUCAAAGGUGACUAUGGGGUAUGGCACUCAUCUCACUUUCAGGCCGAGGGAGCUGGCGUUUGUCCACAGACAGCUUUCUGGGUCGUGUGGCCAGCAGGACUAAACCGCUUCUGGUGCAGUGGAACACCAUGGCGGAAACCAGAGCGCAUGGAAACACCGCAGCGUUUUCAUCUACUUGCACUGGUAUGCUUUCAAAAUGCUAGGUUGACAGGAGCUGGGACAGAGCAAUGGGAGCUCAUUCCGUCACAGGGAUUCAAACCGCCAACCUUCCAAUCAGCAAGCCCAAGAGACUCAGUGGUUGAGACCACAGCGCCACCCAUGUCUCUCUCCUAACCUAGCAGUUCGAAAGCAUGGCAAUGCAAGUAGAUAAAUAGGUACCGCUUUGAUGGGAAGGUAAACGGCAUUUCUGUGCGCUCUGGUUUCCGUCACGGUGUCCCAUUGCUCCAGAAGCGGUUUAGUCAUGCUGGCCACAUGUCCCAGAAAGCUGUCUGUUGACAAACGCCAGCUCCCUCAGCCUGAAAGCGAGAUGAGCGCCACACCCCCGAGUCGUCUGCGACUGGACUUAACUGUCUAGGGGUCCUUUACCUUUUGGGGAAUAAGUUCAGUGGGACCUAGUGGCUGUGUUCACAUUUAAUGCUAAGCCAGAAAAUAUGAAUUCCUACUUUGCUUCUGCCUUCUGCAAGUGGGGAAACCAAACUACAAAGUGACUGGCUUAGUAUGUCGUCCAAACCUGGAAUCAUAGUUGUUUCCCACGAACAAACCACGGUUGCCAUGACUUCAAGUUGGCUAGUGGUCAUGAUUUGUUUGAGUUCAAAUGUCACACGAAACCAGACCCUCCAUGGUUUAUUUUCCUGAAGCAGGAAUGCAUGGGCUGCCUGUAUCAGCGCCUAGCUUGAGGUUUAAUCCAUCGUGGUUUAAUAAGCUUUAUUUUCUGGCUUUGCAUUACAUGCAAACACAGCCUGUGGAACCUGAUUCCAAGUAACAUGCAGAGAAGUGAGCAGCAAGUUGACAGGUUUGUAAAGACCACUGGAAAUCAUACCUUCAGUUCACACAAAUAGGCAAAUAUUUUAAGCAAAGUAUUUUCCUCUAUUUUCAGUUUAUUAGUACAAAGGUUUUGCAUCCCUCAGGUGCACGCAUUUACUUUGUUUAUGGGGUGAGGUGAAGGGGUUGGUGCUACAGGCUAUAGUUCACUUGCUUAAGGUGGCAUUUGCUGGCUUAAAAAAGAACUUGCACAAGUUAGACCAACUGUCAAACAAAAUUGGAAGCUGAAAAUUUGCAUCUCUUACUGACAUUACACAUUGGUGAAUGCAAUGUUAAUGAGACUUACCAGCUUUUAUCUUGAUCACCAGGACUUUGUCAUAGCUGAAAAUUCUAAUUUUUAAUUUUCACUUUUGUAAGGCACUCCACUUUCCCUGUAGUAUGAGAUACUGAGUGAACAAGGUUAGAUCAUUUCGUAAUUUUACACAUUUUUUUCUGUUUGGGAAACAAAGGUAGGAAAGAGGCACAAUUUUUCAAUCUAGUCAAUAGGAAGGGAUGUAGAGGCUUUUUGGAAGUGAUCCUGAUCCAUGCUAUUUUCCAUAUGGCAAGUGUUCUAUCACCAGUCGGGAUUUUAAAAAAUAUUUUAUUCAAGUUUGUAAAAGAAUACAAAGAUUAAUAUCAGAUAUCUUUUUAUCAGGAUAAAAAAACUAAUCUAAAUCAAAACAGAUCAAAAAGGGGGGGAGAGUACUCCGAACUUCUCAGGAGUUAGGUACCAAUUUUACAUCAUUUUGUAAUAACUCUCUUUUAAAUCACAGCACAAUGCAUAUUUUAACCAUUUAGUCCACAUUUGUAUUUUGCCCAUUUAAUCAUACAUUAUUUAACUUGUUCUUCUUGCCUUUCAAAUUUCAACAAAGUUCAUAUAUUUCUGCAAUAGCAUGUUUGUCAUCUGUACACAAUUGUAUUUCAAUAUCUGUCUCUCUUUUUUUGUUCUAUACCAAAAGUCUUAUUAUCCAACUUAAAUAUUUCUGUUAAUUGUAAAUGAGAAAACAAUUGGAGGCCAUAACCUUUCACUGUUUACCCUCCCCUUGUUUUAAUUGUACAGUCUCCUUGAUUCCACAUUUUUCUCUCAACUUCUGUCCUCUAUUGGGGAGACCACUUCAUUCCAGUCUCCCAUAAGGCACAAAUUUUAAUAUGAAAAGUCCAUCAACCUGUCCAUAAGUUCUUUAUAAAAUACAGAUUUCUCUUCAUUUGGGGCAUAAAUGCCUACAACCAAAGUUUCAAUCCCUUAGAUAUUAAUUUCCACCCCAACAUAUCUACCUUGUUCAUCGAAAAAUGCCAGUUUGAGGCAAAAUUGGGAAUGUAUAUAUAGAACAACUCCAUUUUUUCUUCAGUCCUCCAGGGAUAGAUUCCUCACCUAAUUUCUCUUAAUCAAAUAAUUUAUAUCCUCCCUUUUCCUGAUAUUUGUCUCUUGUGAACAAAUCCGAUCCAGUUUCAUUUGUUUUCAAAUGAAUAACUUUUCUCUCUUGAGGAGCAUUUGCUCUAUUUAUAUUUCACAUUAAAUAUUUGAAAUCCACAUCUGGGCAGAUUAUUUUGUCAAGUCUGUACUUACACCUCCCAGUUCUGUUCCUUCGGUCUCAUCAAUUUGCAUAACCGCCAUACCGAGUUUAAAUUUUUCUUGCUGUACUGAAUCGAGUCAAUAUCUGUGUUGUUUAAAGGUGAAAAUCACUCCCUCUGGUGUGUUCCAUCUAAAUUGGAUUCUUUUCUGCCUAAGUUUAUUUGACUUGUCAUUUCUUUUAUGCAGUGUCUGCUGUGGGAUUUUUUCAGUACAAUCACAUCUAUAUUGUCAAUUUUCAACCUAGUCUCAAAAUGUUGCUGCAGGACUUCGUCUCUACUUUUCUUUCUAACAAAUUGGACCAGAACAUCUCUUGGUACCUUUCUUAGCUUUGCAAAACGUGAAUUAAUUCUGUAGAUUUUGUCUGUUUCUGCCUCCAAAUCGUCCACAGUCUUUUCCAAAAAGCAUGCCAGGGAAUUAAUGACUUUAUCCCUAAUAUCUUCACCCUCCUCUUCAGGAAUUGUUCUAAAUCAUAGGUAGAACUCUUUGUCUCUCAAUUCUAAUAAUGCCAAAUUAUCCAAAUAUUUUUCCAUCUCUCUCUCUGACUUUUACUUCCCAGAAUUUCCACUUUGUCAUUUAAUUGCUUCAUUUCUCCAGACAGUUGCAUAUGAAAGGCUUCUAUUUUAUUAACAGCCCCUUUCUAACCAUGUCAAAUGUUCACCUAUUUUUAAAUUCAAAAUGCCCAUGUAUUUUUAAAUUGCCUUUGUGAUUUCAUUUUUAAUUUCAUUCAUUUCUUUGUAAAGAGAUUUUGCCUGUUCUAGCACCAUCUGCUGUAUAAUGUCUGGAUGUAGAAGAGUCUGUUCCAUGUCUUAUCAGAUGAUAGUGAAAUAGUGAUAAAUAGUGUGUAUGAGGAAAAUGUUGAAGAAGCGGCAACAUUAUUUGUUUCUAGUAGAGGCGACUCCUCACUUACAUGGAGGUAGCAUUCCGGGCCCCGCACACAUAAGUGAGAUGCUUGUUUUCUGUCUCCCCCACUUUUGCUUAGAAUCAUAGAAUCAUAGAGUUGGAAGAGACCACAAGGGCCAUCCAGUCCAACCCACUGCCAAGCAGGAAAUACCAUCAAAGCAUUCUUGACAUAUGCCUGUCAAGCCUCUGCUUAAAGACCUCCUAAGAAGGAGACUCCACCACACUCCUUGGUAGCAAAUUCCACUGCCGAACAGCUCUUACUGUCAGGAAGUUCUUCCUAAUGUUUAGGUGAAAUCUUCUUUCUUGUAACUUGAAUCCAUUGCUGCCAGAUACAAAUAUCAUGGGGCACCUUGUCAAAGGCCUUGCUGAAAUCAAGAUAGGCUACAUCCACAGCGUUCCCUUCAUCUACCAGGCUUGUGAUUCUGUCAAAAAAUGAGAUCAGAUUAGUCUGACAUGACUUAUUUUUCAGAAACCCAUGCUGACUUUUAGUGUUCACAGUGAUCCUUUCUACGGUAGGUGCUCACAGACCGUUUGCUUAAUGAUUUGCUCUAGAAUCUUUCCUGGUAUUGAUGUCAGGCUGACUGGGCGGUAAUUGUUUGGGUCCUCUCUUUUCCCCCUUUUGAAAAUAGGGACAACAUUUGCCCUCCUCCAGUCUGCUGGAACUUCACCUGUUCUCCAGGAAUUUUCAAAGAUUAUUGCCAGUGUUCUGACCUUCUGAUCAGCAAGCCCUAGGCUCAGUGGUUUAACCCACAGCGCCACCCGGGUCCCGUUUUUGCUACGGACAUACCCAUAAAAGCCCUUUUUGUUGCUUUUAACCUCUCUAGCAAGCCUGAGUUCAUGCUGUGCUUUAGCUUUUCUGACUUUGUCUCUACACGUGCUGGCUAUUGGUUUGAAUUCCUCUCUGGUGGUUUCCCCCUUUUUCCAUUUUUUUGUACAUAUCCCUUUUAAAUCUUAACUCAGUUAAAAGUUCUUUAGAUAGCCACCCUGGCUUCUUUAGGCACCUUCCAUGUUUCCGUCUCAUUGGUAUUGCCUGAAGUUGUGCUUUUAAUAUCUCCCUUUUAACAAACUCCCAACCAUCAUGAACUCCCUUCCCUUUUAGUAUUUCUGUCCAUGGGAUCUUACGUGCUUGAAAGGGUAGGAGGGGAACAAGGGGCAGCGGAGACCCUCUUCCUCCCUUCUCACCCAGGAAGCUGUGCAACUCAGCCAGCUGCAAAAAACAACUUCCCUCCCAUCAGCUGUUGAGCGGACGAGCAGAAAGCUCUCCCACCUGCCAUUGUGGAACCAAGGACGGCAUGUGGUUGGCUGACAUGGAAAUCAAUGGCACAAGGACAAUGCAUUAACGGGAAAAGCUGCCAUAAAACGAAUCUGAAAAAUCCUAGAAUGAUAGGACAAAAAUUGUGCCAUCAGGGAAACCAUUUUAUUUGUAUGCCAGUUUCCAGAGUUAAAACCAUGCUCAAGGUGGCUUACAACAUACAGUAUGCCCACAACGUACGUGCAUUUAACUUGUGCGCAUUCAGCUUUACAUGUGGGGCAAAAAAAUAAAAAGGGAUGGGGUUUGGGGGGAAAUGACUUUGACAUUGCAGCCCACCAUUGAACCCAAUGUGGUUUUGGUAUACACUAUUUUGGCUUUAGGCGCAAGACCCUGGAAUGUAACUCCCGCAUAGGUUGUGGGUUUACUGUGUUUAAAAAAUACCUAACUACAGACAUAGUUAGACUAAGGGACCCAGGUGGCGCUGUGGUUAAACCACUGAGCCUAGGGCUUGCUGAUCAGAAGGUCGGCAGUUCGAAUCCCUGUGACGGGGUGAGCUCCCGUUGCUUGGUCCCAGCUCCUGCCAACCUAGCAGUUCGAAAGCACGUCAAAAUGCAAGUAGAUAAAUAGGUACCGCUACAGCGGGAAGGUAAACGGCGUUUCCAUGGGCUGCUCUGAUUUGCCAGAAGCGGCUUUGUCAUGCUGGCCACAUGACCUGGAAGCUAUACGCUGGCUCCCUCGGCCAAUAAUGCGAGAUGAGCGCGCAACCCCAGAGUCGGCCACGACUGGACCUAAUGGUCAGGGGUCCCUUUACCUUUACCUAACUACAGACAUACCAAAAGUAGUCAUAAACAAUAAACAAAACAUCAAAAAUUACACAACCAAAUCGAACAAUUUCCAUGUAAAUGAUAAGAUCCAAAAUAAAGAUACAAAAAAUUAACAGAAACAAGAGCAACAUCCUACCCCCAGCACCACACAGCCUGCUAAGCAACACCCCAGCCCAAAAGUCUCUUCAAGGCCAGGCCAGGUGGGAAAAGACCUGCAAGACAGGAAGUGGGUCUUCCAGGACUCAGCCAAGUUCCCUAACUACAGGUUGGGCAAAUGCUCUGCAUGAUUCACGAGUCAGCAAGAAGCAGGGCUGGAAAAUGACGCUAAUGUUGAAGCAGGGCUUUUUUGGAACUCUCUGGAAAGCUGUUCCAGCAUGAACUUUCCCGCUGCGUCUCUGGUUCACAAGAAGACCCUCCCUGGAGCGCAAAGGAGACGUCCUCUAUGGACUCCAGAGAGGGGGUUCUUGUGAGCCAGAGGUGCAGUGGAGCUUUGAUGAGGCUCCUCAACCUCCCUGUGCAUCUGCUCUGCAAAACACCCUGUCCCUCCUGCUUGUGUGUGCCAGAGAAGCAGGACUGAGGCAUGUAUGGUAAAUGGGCAGUGCCUGGACUCCUAGUACAAAGGGCUGUUUGCCAUGAGUUCCUGCACCUUUUUUUCUAGAAAAAAGCCCUGCUGUCUAGUAUGUCUGUUUCCUACUAGUAGGUGGGACUUUCUCCUUGAAAGAUCAGGCACAAGGGUCAUGGCAUGUAUGUGGGAAAUGCCCAAAGAUUCCUCUGCUGCUAAGAAUGCACAAAAUGAAUUAGCUCCCAUAAUGAACGAAACGGAUGCUAUAAUGUGUCACUCCACAAGGUGGAAGCAUUUUUCUUUUUCCCUGCAUUAGUAAUAAAGGUGCACAAAGAAUGGGGUGGGUUUGCCGAUCAGAAGGUUGGCGGUUCGAAUCCCCACGAUGGGGUGAGCUCCCAUUGUUCGGUCCCUGCUCCUGCCAACCUAGCAGUUUGAAAGCAUGCUCCAACGGGAAGUUAAACGGCGUUUCCGUGCGAUGCUCUGGUUCGCCAGAAGCGGCUUAGUCAUCCUAGCCACAUGACCCGAAAGCUGUAUGCCGGCUCCCUCGGCCACUAAAGCAAGAUGAGCGCCGCAACCCCAGAGUCGUCCGCGACUGGACCUAACAGUCAGGGGUCCCUUUACCUUUAAAAGAAUGUCAGUUACCUUUCAGUUUAACACAAUUUGUCGAACUGCCAGAAAGGAAAAGCCCACUGACAGUAUUAUAAAUAAAGAAUAGUAGCCUGUUGAAUGUUGUGCUCCAUGUUGGACUGAAAAAUAGUUGGGGGACUAUGUCUCCCACUUGGUUUGGCUUCUGGGGGCUACAUCUAAUACUUGUAUGCACAAGACGGCUAGGAACCAGAGUAGACUCCCUUUUUCCUUCCCAUCCCUCAGAUGUUAAUCCAAGUCAUGUAAACAAUUGCCCUCCUAUAUUAGCUUAGGUCUAGGUAAAGUUGUGCAGCCCACUGCUAGCUUGAACAGCAAUAACAACACAACUGGCCUAUAUUAUUUUAUCUAUU